AUGCCGACAGCGUCGGGGCGGCGCGGACCUUCCGCGUCGCGCGUUCGAAUAUCGUCCCGAGGGAUGCACUUUCAUGCUUCGGCGUCGCGGAGGCACCGCGUAGGCCCCAUCGACCCUGUCUCGCACCUCCGCCCCGUCAUCUACGACGAUGCGCCCCCACCCGCCCGCGAGCGGCACCCAUACUCGCUGGGGGAGUUCUCAGGCGACACACGCGAGUAUCAGUGGAAGAUGCAGCGGCAAGAACUUGAUGCCUUCAACCACGCGUUCUGGCUCGACAGCAAUACACGGUUCUACGCCGCCAAGGACGCAGUGCUGCAGAGUCUCCCGGAAAGCGGGUCGGCCGAGCAGCGGGAACACGCGCUCUCCGCCUUCUACGCCCGCUGGGUCGCGCAGGAGCGCACCCGCCUUGACGCGUACAACUCCGAAUGGCGGAAACGGAAUUGGUCGACGAUCCUCCUUGGGGCGCGCGUGCGCUACCAGGAGCUCAUCUCGCGGGUCAUGCAUCCGUUCCGGGGACGACAGGAUUGA